CGAGAAGAUUGGAUCAGAUCGUUACUUGACUGUUUGUGGCAGAGUUGUUAUCAAGACGAGAACAAAACACUGAGACAAUGACAGCAUACAUUGACUUCGAGUGCAAGGAGUUUGAAGUGAGGGAUUUCUUUCUCACUACCCUGGAACAAACAUGCAGGGUUCAACUGAACGACAGCGAGGCGAAGAUCACCCAGAGUACAUCCGAGGGGAGAAUCUUCCUGGAGGUCCAACAGGACGAACUGAGCAAUUUCUUUGAUUGUAUUCCUGAACAGCAGGACAACAACUGGGGCCAAGAGAAGAACCUGUUGCAGAGGGAGAUCUCUGGCCUGAAAGCCCAGCUCGCUAAGGCUCAGGCUAAACGUGACCCCUCUCCGGCCAGGGAUAAGUCCCUGAAAUCCGAGUUGGAUAAGCUCAGCUGGACGCUGAACAAUGCUCAAAAAGACCUGAGCAGGAAGGCUGGCAUCAUCAAGAACCAGGACUUCCAGUUGAAGAAGAUCGGCUUGAUGCUGAACAAUGCUCAACAAGACCUGAGCAAGAAGGACAUAAUCAUUAAGAGCCAGGACUUCCAGCUGAAGAAGGUCGGCUUGAUGAUGAACAAUGCUCCAAAAGACCUGAGCGAGAAAGACGGCAUCAUCAAGAGCCAAAACUUCCUGUUGGUGAAGUUGAAGGGGGAGAUUGAGGCACUUCGAAAGGAAUUGAAGGAAAAGGAGUCUGUGAUCCUCGCUGAAAGGAAGAUGCUCGCUGUGGCUAGAACAAACAUGGAGUGGGAGAUGGAGGGCUUGCUCCAGACUGAGAGGGAAGACCGACAAGGACACCUGAACAAGACAAAGGCGGACCUCCAAAAGACAAAGGAGGACCUACAAAAGACAAAGGAGGACCUCCAAAAGACGAAGGAUGAGGCGAAGCCCCAUCAAGCCCAGCUGAACGAGCAGAGAGCAGAGAUAGAGAAGCUCACAGCAGAUCUGAAAAAGUCAGAAGAUCUGCUGAAGACUGAGAAACAAUUCUUUCAGACGAGGAUUGUCACCAUCCGGGAGGACACAGACAAAUUCAUGUCAGACUGUCUGCCUGCAAUGGAAGAACUCAGAGCCGAUAAGAGUCAGAUCAUGGCUGCUCUAAAGUAUUCUGAGGAGGAGCUGAAGUCUGUACAUGACAUGUGGCGGGAGGACAAGUCUUCCCACUUGGCAGAGCUGGAAAAAUCCCAGCGCUCCCAUCUUGUCCAGCUGAAUAAGCAGGACGAGGUGCACAAGACCACCAUGGCUGAUCUGAAGAAAAACUUUGAAGAUCAGCUGGCUAGUGAGCGUCUCCUCUGGCAGCAGGAAAAAACCUCUCUGCUGGAGGAGACUGAGAAAACCAGCUCCUCCUUUGCUGCUCAGCUACACGAGGACAAGUCUUCCCACUUGGCAGAGCUGGAAACAUCCCAGCACUCCCAUCUUGCCCAGCUGAAGAUGCAAGACGAGGAGCACAAGACCUUCAUGGCUGAUCUGAAGACAAAGUUGGAAGAUCAGCUAGCGAGUGACCGUCUCCUCUGGCAGCAGGAAAAAACCUCCCUGCUGGAGGAGACUGUGAAAACCAGCUCCUCCUUUGCUGCUCAGCUACACGAGCAAAAACAGAGCAACGACACCCUCGCGGCUGCUCUGGAGAAGGCUGAGCAGCAGAUAGAGAGCCAUCGCAUCGAGUGCCAGGAGUCAUCCCUCCUUCAGGCCAAGGCCACCGAAAGCGUCCAGCAGACUCUGCAGGAGAAAGAACAGGAAUGGACGACCACCGAGAGCUCCCUGAGGUCCCAGCUGGCGGAUCUUGAAAACCAGAUCGCCAAAAAAAAGAGGACCAAGUGGUACCGGAAGAUCUUCUGAUGCCACCCUCAGGAGAAAGAAAAUGCACAUACACGCCUUUGUUCUUGUAUCUUUGUGAGGAUCAAUCAGUCUUGACCCUUAAACAGCACUUGUGAAAAGGGUUGUUUGAGGGUUGACACAUUAUUUUAUUAUGGGAAAGGGAUGUGAAUCCACUUUUCUGGUGUAUAACUGGUCCUCACAGAGAUAUGAUUACUAAUCCACACACAUACACAGGAGUUUGUUCUUGUGUACUUGUGAGGAUUACUCCGUCUUGACCCUUAAACAGCACUUGUGAAAAGGGUUGUUUGAGGGUUGACACUUUAUUUUAUUAUGGGAAAGGGAUGUGAAUCCACUUUUCUGGUGUAAAUCUGGUCCUUACAAAGAUAUGAUUACUAAUCCACACACAUACACAGGAGUUUGUUCUUGUGUACUUGUGAGGAUUACUCCGUCUUGACCCCUAAACAGCACUUGUGAAAAGGGUUGUUUGAGGGUUGACACUUUAUUUUACUCAUGGAAAGUGAAGUGAAUUCACUUUUCUGGAAAUAAAAAAAAAGUUAAUUCUAUACUGCACUCCUCUCAUGUGUUAUAUGAAAUGCUUUGUUUGAUGUAUACAUCAAGCACUGAUGAGUUCUCAUUUGCUCCCUGUAGCCUGACAAUAUACAGUAAGUUGGCUCAACUGAUUUUAUAUGUUGGUCCAAAUAUAGUUUUUUUUUGUCUGUGUUGGUCAUCCAAAGAAAAUGAACAAAUAAAAAACACCUGAACUUCA